UUACAUUAUAGCUGUACAUGUAUCCUACCCGGUUAGCCAUUUGACGGAAUUUUAUGGACUGGAGGGACGGACAAUUAACAGCCAAAUGGAUGCUGCAGAGUUCCGAGUUCGUGGGAAAGAAAUAGUAGACAUGGUGGCCGAUUACUUAGAGAAUGUGCAGAAACGUCCGGUAUAUCCAGCAGUACAGCCCGGAUAUAUGCGCCAGCUCCUUCCGGAAACUGCCCCAGAAAGUGCUGAGUCAUGGGAGGACGUUAUUGGUGAUAUAGAGCGGGUAAUUAUGCCUGGGACAGCGCAUUGGAAUCACCCGCAGUUCCACGGCUAUUUCCCUUCAGCAAGGUCCUACGCUGCCAUCUGUGCCGACAUGCUCUCCGAUGCUAUGGGUGGUCUUGGAUUUACCUGGGCAGCCAAUCCGGCAUGCACGGAACUGGAGAUGAUUAUGAUGGACUGGUUGGGGAAGAUGCUGGAUUUGCCAGAGCAGUUUCUAUUCUGCUCUGGAGGCAAAGGGGGCGGGGUCAUUCAGAUGUUCUCAGCGCAUUAA